AUGCCACGCAAGCGGGUUUCUACAGUGAAAAAGGAUGCGGAUGUUGCCUCUGGUGGAACCAAGCCCGGUCCGACUGACGGCGGCACCAUCGGCGGCAAAGAAGAUCCCGGUCGAGGGAGCGUGGGUCUUGCAGUCCGGUCGGCGGAGAGAGAGGCCUCGGCGACAGGGGCAAACCACAACGACGCUCCCUGCGACGAGCAUGCCGCAACCCUGGAGUCUGAGGCGGAGGCAUCGCAGCACCAUCUGACGCUGUUCCAGCUGACCGUGGUCGAAGCUUCUGCUACCGUGGUAGAUAAGGACAAGGCUGGGGAGCAGGAUUCUAUGGAGGAGCCUAAACACGUCAUCGCCGACGUCGGUGGCUCUCCUCCUUCUGGUGGACGUGGGAGGCGUAGGCAGAGGAAGAGCGAUGGGGAGGAAGAGUAUGACAACUCCGCGGCCGGGGACAUCACUACACGGGCGAAGAGGCGGCAGACGACAGGCAGUGGUGACAACGCUGGUGGUGCUGAAGUUGGGACAACGCGAGGCGCCAGGGAAGCAAGUAGCAAGGCGACGGGUCAUGCAUUACGCCAGAAGGGCCGACCCAUAGCGAGGAAAACAUCUAGUGGUAGGAGGGGCAAGCGAGCAGCGAGGGGGAAGAGGCCGAAAUGUAGUGAAGAAGACCCUGAUGAUGCGGAGGAGGAGGAUGAGGGGGAUGAGGGGGAUGAGGAGGAGGAGGCUGAUGAGGAGGAGGAAGAGGAGGAAGAGGAGGAUGAAGAGGAUGCGAAGGAGGAGGACCCGGAUGAUGAGGAGGAGGAGGAGGAGGAGGAGGAGGAGGAGGAGGAGGAGGAGGAGGAGGAGGAGGAGGAGGAGGAGGAGGAGGAGGAGGAAGGGGCGGAAGAGGAAGAGGAGGAUGUGGCGACAGUGAAGGGACAGGGUGCGCGAGUCAGAAGGCGGAGUGGUAUGGGGAAGGUGGGGGGUUGGACUUGUCAUUCCUGA